AAUCAAUCUGUCAGAUGCGUUUAUAUGUGUUUGUUUGUCCGUGUUUGUGAUUUCUUUCUUUCUUUUGUUGAUUGAUUCUUCGUCGUGAAUAUUCUUCCACCCAUCCAGUGAUUUUCCAGUGUAAUAAUUUUAUUUACCGUAGUAAAUAUUGUUAAUAAAGAAGUGGAUUGUAUCAAGUCAGAUUUCAAUGAAUAAUCAAGACGAAGUUGAAGCUGAGGUAUCUCCAUAUAUACCAUCCGCUAGAAGAAGCAUCCAUCAGCACAACUAUUGCAUUUUCCCGAAUUACAGUGAUAACAUGGGGCGUUAUGGCCUAAAGGCAAACAAUGAUGAUAGAACUGCAUUAUUAUCCAUUCGUGGCCAUGAAACUGAUGAAGUUGAUAAUGUCAUGAGCAAAUUUACUCGUGAAACCAGUCCAGUUCCACUAAGACGAAAAAGGAAUAAGAAGAUUAGGAGAAACUCUCUAAGCAUAUCAAACCAAGAGUGUACAGAUGAUGAUGAAUCAGAUAGCAAUUUGCUUGCGAAAUCUUUACCUGCAAAUCUUCCAUCAUAUUAUUGCAGCGAUGAUGCACACCAAUCACUGCCAAGUGACUUUUUUAAAGCAAACAACUCUACAUCAUUCUCUGAGACAAGAGCAAAUCAAAUGAUAAGAAAUGAUGAAUAUAAUUAUCGCAACAAUUUUGAUUUACAAAAUGAAGACUAUGUCAAUGAAAGCCAAAUUAAGCAGAAGACUAACUCUUAUAGUUUUAUUACGCUACUACUUCUUGGUAUUAUUGGUGCAAUAGCUGCAUUUUAUUACAAUGAUUUCAACAAAGUACUUACAGAAAAGAGCAGUAUUAAUAGUUAUGAUCAAGUUAAAUUUCGUAAAGAUAUGGAUUACUUAGGAGAGAAGUACAAAAUUAAUGACAAUUCCAUUUUAGAAGUACAAAGUGGUAUUUCAACAAUACUAGAGAGAAAUGAUACUGGUUCAUUCAUCUUUGUUUAUAAUGGCAAAUCAGUUAACUUUGAUUUUAUGCAGUUCAGUAAUUUAGUUGAAGAGAUUGCCACAACUGCUGCUCGAUUUUUACGAAAUGACAGCACUUCAGUUCAGCCUACAGUUGUUCACAGUUCAGAACUUCAUAAUAUGCAAAGUCACAGUGAACUUAUGAAUGAAUUCCGCCAUGAUGUGGCUAAAACUGGGGUGAUGCUUGUAAAAGAUGUUGAUAAAAUUCCAUCAAGUCUUGCCAUGGCUUUCCACUACUUUUGCGAUGAAUACAAUCCACUUGUGGCAAAGAGUGCAAUCUUUUUCACAUUAGAUAUGGAAAAAUGUUCUAACUUGUCUGAGCAAAAAUCAACUCACAGCGGUAUCGAAAAGUGCCUAGCAAACAAAUGGAACACACUACCAAAAGAUAAUGUUAAGCCUUUACUUGCUCGUGUUGUAAGUGUUGUUAUUAAUGUAACUGGUGUCUGAUCAUAAUUUAAUGUAAUAUUUUAUCCAUCACAGUUAACUAAUAAAGUGUAUUUAUAAAUUUUA